UCCAACAUGGUAGCAGAGCGUGGUUCUUAACAAAUUUCAGGUAUUAAGUGCGUGAUUGCAAAAAUAUCACGAGAUAACAUUAUUGUCCGCCGGCCGGCACAACUUGAUUGCCGAAAUUUCAGCAAACAGGACAUUUAAGUUAUUUGUUGUAAUACAAUCAAGACAUGUCGUCAAAUGCAAGUGCAUUCAGCAUCGACAAAUUAAUUGGCCGUGACAACUACUCGACCUGGAAGUUUGCAGUACAAACAUAUUUAGAGCAUGAAGAGCUCUGGGAGUGUGUUGAAGGAACCAACGUUGACCAGAAGAAGGACAAAAAGGCAAAGUCGAAGAUAAUCCUGCUAGUUGACCCGAUAAAUUAUGUUCACAUCGAGGAAUGCACCACUUCUAAGGAGCUGCUUUUUCAGCUGUUUCAGUUAACGAUGAAAACAACUGGUAUAUUGAUUCUGGAGCAUCUGCACAUAUGUCUAGACAUCGAGUGUGGCUGGAAAAUGAGACGGCACCCAAGGUACCCCAUGUGCGAGUGGCAGAUGAUAAGGUGCUAAAAGUUAUAUCAACUGGGAACAUUAUCAUAGGGGUGAAGGGCCCGAACAGUUCGCUCAACAACAUACAGGUAAAAGAUGUUCUUUAUGUACCGGACUUAGCUACAAACUUGCUAUCUGUCAGUAAAAUUAUUGAAAGUGGCUGUACUGUCAAGUUUAAUGAGAAAGGCUGUAUUAUAAGGAAUAGCAAUGGUGAGAUUGCAGCAACAGCUGAUCGUGUAAAUGGCACAUAUCGACUUAACACCAAUCUACACCAAGCCCUGUCAUCAGUAACUUCAAAAGGGGACAGUAACUUCUUGUGGCACCAAAGAAUGGGCCACAUUAAUUACAAUGACCUAGAUAAAUUACAGAUCUGUGCCGAGGGUAUGAAAUUAUCCACGCAGAAAGAAGACGCAGCAUGCACUUCCUGUCUGGAAGGGAAACAGACCAGACAACCGUUCAACCAUGGGGGCUCCCGGGCAUCUGAACUGCUAGAGCUAGUCCACUCAGACGUAUGUGGACCGAUGGAGAACAAGUCUAUUGGAGGUUCCAG